CACCUCUGGCCGCUGGGAAGACGUCAUCGCUUCCGCCCUACUUCCUCCUCCUGUUGGCGGCGGUGAGAAUCCAAUAUGGAGUAAAUCGGUAGAGUCGAGAGAUGGGGCUCGGACGGGGCGCCCUGCACCGCCUCCCAGGCGCACCUCCCCCGGCUGCCGACCGCUCCCCGGAACCGUGAUUGGCCCGGCCCCCGGGGGCGACCCCGGACCGAGCCCCCACCCCCGGCCGGCCCUCCUCUCCUCCUCCUCUCAGCAGUCCCCGCCGCUCCACGGCGCGCUUGUUUUUCUCCUCCUCUCCCCCACCGCCGUCCCCUGCCCAAAUCUCUCCCCUUCUGCCCGCAGCCUAGCCCCCAGAGCCCCUCCUGCCUCGCCCGCGGCGCUGCGGCGCUCACUCCUCCGGUAGCCUGCCUUUGCACCCCUUCCCCAAACCUCACCUCGCGCUCCUGUCGCCCAGCUUCCCCUUCUGCCUUCUGCGGCGCCCCCUUCAUCUCUUGCGGCUCCCCCUCCCCAACCAAAUCAGGCGAUCUCCGGAGAUGUGAAGAAGGGGGGUGAACGGACAGGAAGAUGAAGGGAGCAAAGCUGCCCGCCGCGGGACAGGCGUCUAGGUGAACAGGAAAAUGACCGAAGAAACACACCCGGACGAUGACAGCUAUAUUGUGCGUGUCAAGGCUGUGGUUAUGACCAGAGAUGACUCCAGCGGGGGAUGGUUCCCACAGGAAGGAGGCGGGAUCAGUCGCGUGGGUGUCUGUAAGGUCAUGCACCCCGAAGGCAAUGGACGAAGCGGCUUUCUCAUCCACGGUGAACGACAGAAAGACAAACUGGUGGUAUUGGAAUGCUAUGUAAGAAAGGACUUGGUCUACACCAAAGCCAACCCAACCUUUCAUCAUUGGAAGGUCGACAAUAGGAAGUUUGGACUUACUUUCCAAAGCCCUGCUGAUGCUCGAGCCUUUGACAGGGGAGUGAGGAAAGCAAUCGAAGACCUUAUAGAAGGCUCAACCACAUCAUCUUCCACCAUCCAUAAUGAAGCUGAGCUUGGCGAUGAUGACGUUUUUACAACAGCUACAGACAGUUCUUCUAAUUCCUCCCAGAAGAGGGAACAACCUACUCGGACAAUCUCCUCUCCCACAUCCUGUGAGCACCGGAGGAUUUACACCCUGGGCCACCUCCAUGACCCAUACCCCACGGACCACUAUCACCUCGAACAGCCGAUGCCAAGGCCUUACCGCCAGGUGAGCUUCCCGGACGACGACGAGGAGAUUGUGCGCAUCAACCCCAGGGAGAAGAUCUGGCUGACCGGCUACGAGGACUACCGGCACGCGCCAGUGCGGGGCAAAUCCCCCGACGCCUCGGAGGACGCCGACUCCUACGUGCGGUUCGCCAAGGGCGAGGUCCCCAAGCACGACUACAAUUACCCCUACGUGGACUCCUCGGACUUCGGCCUCGGCGAGGACCCCAAAGGGCGCGGGGGCGGCGUGAUCAAGACCCAGCCGUCCCGGGGCAAGUCCCGGAGGCGGAAGGAGGACGGCGAGCGCUCCCGGUGCGAGUACUGCAGGGACAUGUUCAACCACGAGGAAAACCGGAGGGGCCACUGUCAGGACGCGCCCGACUCUGUGAGAACUUGCAUCCGCCGGGUGAGCUGUAUGUGGUGUGCGGACAGCAUGCUCUAUCACUGUAUGUCGGACCCCGAGGGAGACUAUACAGACCCGUGCUCGUGCGAUACUAGCGACGAGAAGUUUUGCCUCCGGUGGAUGGCUCUUAUUGCCUUGUCUUUCCUGGCCCCCUGUAUGUGCUGUUACCUGCCCCUGCGGGCCUGCUACCACUGCGGGGUGAUGUGCAGGUGCUGCGGGGGAAAGCACAAAGCGGCCGUGUGACUCAGUUUCCCUCCCUCCCUUCCUCCUCCCACAGCCACAGGGGAACUUGUCUCUGACAUACUCUCACCUUCUUUCUUGCUCCCUGGUACCUUGAGGCGCUAUUCCAGCCUGGGGAGCCCGCCUGGUGAGCUCUGCACUUUCCCCUCUCCCCACGCAGCCCCCACCAGCCACCCACUCUGCGUCAACCACACACCCAUACACGCAGGCACACGGUGUUCUAAGGAAAGGAACCUCCGCACAGACACUUGUGUACUAUUACCAAUCUGUAAUCAAGCUAACUGUCUUAUACGUGUGUUGAUUUCAUGUUUUUCCUACCCACCUCUUCCAGCGCAAAGGCACCUGCAGUCGGAACUGCUGAUUUGGGGUGGGUUUUGUAGUUGGUUUUCUAGGAGAUCUUUCUCAUGGGUCGGCUUGCCGGUUGCUAAGGAGCAGCGGAUUCCUGCAGAUAGGUAACGUCAGAAUGAUGAAACCCUACCAGAAGUAUUGUAACCUGCAGUCAGAUCAUGUAUAGGAGGUGAGCUAGUUAACAAACGUCUACCACAAAACAAGAUUGCUUUAACUUUUGUAAACCCAAAUUUGCCAAGUAAGCUGCAGUUUCUAUUUGGAGCCCAUAAACAUUUCCUGUGCCCUCCCCCUAAAAACCUGACAAUUAUUUACUGAUGCAAAACAUUCACCCACAAAAAUGAGAAUUGAGCCUUAACUUCGGAUUAACUUGUGUGAAUCAGGAAAUUCCAUAAACUGCAUUGCAUCCUCUUAGACCAGGGGUAGAAAAAGGGGAUUUCAGGUUUGUCUGAGCUUCCCCAGUUACCCCUAAAGUAGAACUUUUUAAAACUGUGUCACCACCACUUCUAAAAAUUUAGCAAUAUUAGAAGAAAACACUAAUGAAGUUCUGCUCAUUGUUUUGCAAACAAGAUAGACUAUUCACACACAAACCAGUGUUCUCCAAAGAGUUCCAGUUGAGAAACACUGAAGUUGUGGUAAAGAAAAAUUAGAAGGAGCUUCCUCCCACACCCCCACUGGCUAUUUUCUCUUAAUGGGGGGAAAUUUUAAAUGUCAUAAAUUUGAAGAGUGGUGGGUUGCAUUUUGUUUGUGGGUUUCUGUUCUUGUUUUCAUCCUGGACUGAAUCUCACAUCACCAAAUGCUUUGUUUAUACUUGGGGGAAAAAAACAAGGCCAUAUGUAAAAACCCUUCCAAUGCCUAAGUGUCUUUCUCCUGCAUCUCAAAAACCCAGACUUGCCAAUUUGGGUGCACAGAUGGUUAGGUCAGCAGUCUGGGUCUACCUGUCACCUUGCCAUGUAGGAGGCUUCUAAUUAGCUGGAAAAGAGUAUUUUUCUAGUCUAUUGCAAGGAGUAGCCAAAUCUUGUCACAGAAA